AAUAUAUUGUUGAAUCGUCUCUCCCACUAUAUUCAUUCCUCGUUUCCUGCAUUGUUUGUUUCCAUCCAGAAGAAUGAACAACAGCAGCAUCACCACUACAAACGCCACCCCCAGCGCCGUUUCCCAUUAACCAAACGACAAGAAGAAAGAGGAAGAAGAAGAAGAAAGAAAGAUUGUUUUUUUUCAUUGCUGUUGUUGUUGUUUGGUUUAAAAACCAAUAUAAUGAUGAGGUCUGACUCUCGCUUUCCCUCUUUCAAUUCAACUCCUCUUCGUUUUCCCACUAGAUUCAGUGGAUCCGCUUUUCCCCUUUUGUUUCUACAUUCAACGCUUGUUGUUUUGUUCAUCGGAUUUAUCCGAGAUUGAAAAAGAAAAUGAAGAAAAAAAGUUCAAGUAUUUCUGUUUUCACUUUUGUUUCUGGAAUUUGUUUGUACAUUCAUCUUCUCCUCUUUGAUUUUCCUCUUCUGGGUUGUCUUGUUUACCGGAUUUAUACAAGAUUCGCCGUGGAAAAAGCUUUGCUUUUAGUUUUUUUUCAUAUGGGUUUCUCCCUUGUAGUGUUUUGAGCUUGAAAGUUUUUUUUUUAAUGUAUUUGUUAAUGGUGUUUUGAUUUGAUUUGGUGAUGGUGAAUGUUGUUGUUUGUGCGGUUUUCUUGCAGAUUUCAGAGAGUGAGUCCAGAUUAUCUUCCUUUCAGCAAUGGUAAAAAAUCGAACUUAAGACCAACAACUUGUAAAGAAGAUGGUGAAAAUGGCAAAACAAUCACAAAUACAAACACUACAUCAACAACUGGGUUUGAUCCUGCUGUUUCUGAAACAACAACAAAGGCUUUUAGAUUCAGAUCCCCAUCUAAAUCUCAAGAUAACAUCAAUGCUAAUUCUCCUCCCCUCUCAGAAAACACCAACCAAAGUCACCAAAGUCAAAGACUUGACAUGAGUCCUAGUCCUGGCGAUGUCCUUCUGCAAUGGGGUCAAAAAAAGAGGGCUAGACUCUCCAGAACUGAGAUCCGUUCACUCACUGAUGAUUCAUCUUCUUCCUCCUCAGCUCAUGGCAGACACCCCAUUAACAAAGUUCAAAGAAGGGGAUCUGGGUUGAUGGAUAAACUCUCUAGUGUCCCUAUGCCUCCUCCUCCUCCUUCAAUUCCUUUUAAUGGUACUUCUACUUCCAAGAGAAAUUCUGGAUUCAUUCCCAGCAGGAAUCUCGAAGAGCGAUCUAGUGCGGUAAAUGGAUCACCUUCAAGAAACAGUACAAGUGGUAAUACUACCAGAGCGGUUUCUAGGUCUAUGGUGACCGCAGGGAAAGGAUCUCCCCCUUCUCCGGAUAAAGUUGAUAAGAAGAUUACAUCUUCUGAGUCACGUAAACAUGAGAAGCUUAAUGGAUCAUCCACACGGCAUGAUCACAACAAUCACUUCAAUUCUGCACCAGUUCGGUCUGAACAAGAGGUUGGAGUAGUAGAAAAAGUGAAUGCUGAAGUGAUUGAGUGGCCAAAAAUUAUUGUUGCCUUGUCUAGGAAGGAGAAAGAAGAUGAUUUUCUAGCAAUGAAAGGCACAAAGCUACCUCAUAGACCAAAGAAAAGGGCCAAGAAUAUUGAAAGAGCUCUUCAGUUUUGUUUUCCGGGGAUGUGGCUUUCAGAUUUGACUAAGGGUCGCUAUGAGGUUAGAGAAAAGAAGAGUGUUAAGAAGCAAAAGAAGAGAGGGUUGAAAGGAUUGGAGAGCAUGGAAAGUGAUUCUGAAUAGAAGAGAAGAAGGGUUACAAAAUUUCUUCAACUUUGAAGAUCACAUCGUAUUUGCAGAGGGUUGAAAUUUAGCUGUAAUAACCAGAAGUCAUGACAUGCAUGUAUGCAUGAAUGAAUGAUUGAGUUAUGAUGAGGAGGAGACAGGCCUCUGCCCUGCCAUGUCAACCAUGAUUGUUUUUGUGAAUUUUGCAGAAGAAAAUGCAUUGAGGAGCUUUGACCACUAAAUCAUCAACUCUUCAUCUUUAUAUUAACAUGGAAACAUCAAAGCAGCAGAGCUCUUUUUGUUUGUUCUUUUUUUUUUUUUUUUUCCCUUUUUUAAGUUGAAUGAAUUCUUUGUUUUUGGGAAGAAUCAUGCAGCUCUUCUUCUGUACAAAAGCUGCUGCUUCUGCUUCUGCUGCUGCAAUCUUUUUCCUUUAAUUUGCCCAUCAAUUACAAAAGCUGCUUCUUUCCCCCCAA